GCCAAGGUCGUCGUCAUGUUCUCCACCCCCCACACAUCGCACGUCCGGACGUACACCAACGUCGCGCGCGCGUUGACCGACCAGGGCCACACGACCUACGUUUGCGUCCCGCAGUUCAUGCUUGACGCGAACCUCGUCGACACCCACGGCACCAAGAUCAUCGCCUACGGCCGGUAUCUUAAAAACAGCGAGGACGUCCUCUUCGGGAAAAUCCUGGACAAGUUUUGGCGAGGAGAGAGCGGAGGCGUGACCGACUUCAUCGCCCUGGUCAAGAAAAUGCAAAGCGUCAUACGGCAGAUUUUAUCGGAUAAAUUGUUAAUGAAGCAAAUCAAAGAUCUGAAACCAGACUUGCUCGUACUCUCCAAUUUCGCGCCUUUUCGUAAUUUCGUGAUGAUUUCUCACAUAAUGGAUGUCCCUUUUGUAUACCUGGGACCUCACAACGACUUGGCCGGGCAACGGGUUCCCUUCAGUCCGUCGUCCGUCCCAUGCCCGUUUCACCAAGGCUUCAGCGAGCGUGGCAUGUCCUUCGUGGACCGCCUCAAGACUGCAGCGUGCAAUCUGCUCGUUAUCGCCGUGGACUAUUAUUUCAUGGACGAUAAGAUGGUUCAAGAGUUCGCCCCGCACAGGCCGCGAGCAUCCGUCGGGGAGAUCUCGAGAAGAGCCCAGCUUUACAUCAUAGAGAGCGAUCAUAUCCUAGACUUUCCCAAACCGGAACUGCCGAACAUGAAGUUGAUUGGCAGCACGGCGGUGUCCCUUCCAAGGCCCCUGGGCGAGCCCUUCAGAUCGUUCGUCGAAGGCUCCAGGGCUGGAAUAGCCGUGGUGAGCUUCGGAACCUCUGUGCUCGCCAUACCGAAGGCCGUCUCGCAGAAAAUGAUCUCGGCGUUCCUGCAGCAAGAACUGGACGUCGUCUGGCGGGCGAACGUGUCGUCUGCCCACCCGGACCGGAUCAUGACGUCCCACUGGCUGCCUCAGAACGAUCUCCUCGCGCACCCGAAGACCAAACUAUUCGUGUCCCACUGUGGGACCAACGGCCAGUACGAGGCCCUCUACCACGCCGUCCCCAUACUUUGUCUGCCGCUGAUCGGCGAGCAGCUCUACAACUCCCAUCGGUCCAAAUCAAAAGGCUUCGGCCUCACCGCCAGCAUACUGGAUAUUUCCGAUAAGCGCCUCGCGAGGCUGAUGAGGCGCGUGGCCGAGUCGGACAAGUACCGAGGCAGCAUCAAGCGAGCGUCGGAGUUUUUCCGGAUGUUGUACAAGGCGCCCGAUCAGGCGGCUGCCUUCUGGAUAAACCACGUGAUGGAACACGGCGGCCGGUACAUGAAAUCUGCAGCGCAGGACAUGCCCGUUUAUCAGUUCCUCGUACUGGACGGCUUCGGCGUCGUCGUCGCUACCAUCGUAAUCGUGGUCGCGGUUCUCUCCCUUCUGUGUUGGUGUGGCUGUCGUGCGUUGAGGCGGGUCUCCGGGAAGUUUUGGCAGCGGGUCAAAUUCAAAGGAGAGUAGCGCUAACCAAAGGAACGCGUUUUCCAUGUGUUGAGGA